CACGGAAGUUGAAGUUGAGCCUAUCUCGCUUAUGACACCGCAGCAGGAAACGAGACAGCGCUAACCGCUUUGCGGGAUCGUUGCAAGUCAAAGACAGCCGUCUGGCAAUAUUCACAUGCUCUUUAUCAGGUGGAAGGCUGGUCUCCUUUGCGGCCUUCGUGCCGGCCAUCCGGUAACCUAUCCGGAUGCGAAGACUGGCGGCUCAGCGAUACCAAAGUAUCGAUGCGACCCUUGGUGGCACCGUGACAAUGAACACAAUGGCGAAUGCAAUCGUCUCAACUCCAAUCUCCUUUGGUGUACAUGCGGGCCUUUACGACUCUUGACAUCAUACGUUGUUCUUCGUGUGACUGAUUGACAUCCGCGUUGGCGGUCCCUUUUCCACCAUCGUCGUCUCACCGUCAAAUGUGCACAGUCAGUACUCCGGCCGUGGGCGGAGAUCGUCAA